CUUUAGGCAGUUCACAUACAGCCGUAAGUAGCUGGGGAAAACGUGUGAGGUACAGUACCCAUCUUUUUAAGUUCAGCUGACAGAGUUUUGCUACCCUGUUGAUUAUUAGCAGUAGUGUAUAUACAGUUGUUUUGAUUAUAGUUGGUGCGCUGGAUAACUCGCCCAAAUGCUUAUAAAAGCAACAAGCAAGAUUAUUAGUAUAUUUGCAAUUAUUUAAUACAUUUAUCAGUGGAAGCCAAAAAAAUAUUCUAAAGGCAGAACAUGCGGCAACACUAAGGCGUCGGCAUGCAUCGCAAAGGGCAGAAGAGGCUACAAAGGUGCUUCAGAAAAACUGUAGUAAGGUUUGGCUCAAAUACCAUACAUAGUAUUAUCAAGAGCCAAUCAAUACAACUACGGACGGAUAGACGGAAACACAAAGAUUGUCUCACUUUAAACCACUAACCUGUCACUUCAAGAACCCGGCGUCUGAAAUAUAAGAGACAAAGUAAAACGCCAGGACGUCAUGACUGAAAACGAUAGCCUGUGGAUAUUCGGCUAUGGAUCCUUGGUCUGGAAACCGGAUUUCACAUUUAAAAGGAGCCAAGUUGGGUACAUCCAGGGGUACAAGAGACGUUUCUGGCACGGUGACAAUUUCUACAGGGGAAACGAAGACAUGCCCGGCAGAGUGGUUACUCUUGUUGAAGAUGAUGACGCGUCCACCUGGGGGGUGGCCUACGAGGUUACAGGCUCCCAAAUCGAGGAGGCGCUCAAGUACCUGAACGUGAGGGAGAUGGAGCUGGGGGGCUACGUCACCAGGGCCGUGGAGUUCACCCCGCGCGAGGAAGGCCAGCCGCCGCUCCUGGCCCUGGUCUACAUCGCCACGCACAACAGCCCGACCUACCUGGGGCCUGCCACCCCCGAGGAGAUCGCCACCCAGAUUGCCACCUGCAGGGGGAAGACCGGCCACAACAUCGAGUACCUCCUCCGCCUGGCCGAGUUUAUGAGGCUGUGCUGCCCGGAGGUGGAGGACGACCACCUGUUCUCCAUCGAGGCCGCCACCCUGGCCCUGGUCCCCUACCUGUUAGGGUCUAAGCAGGCCAUUCCCACAAUGUAAGCUACCUCCCUGUAUACUGAGGCUAAAAUGGUGCUUUACUCCAAAACAUAAAACACGGUCCAAUUGUAAGUUACUGUAUUGUGUUUUUAUUAUUGUUUGUAACCGUGUAGUUACGCAUGUAGUGGUAAUACACAAAUACUGUACACUAAAUAACGAAUGGUGCAAAGGGAAAAUUAGCAUUUUGCUAACAGGUGCAUGGUAGUUUUGCCAGAAUCUGUUUUGUAAAAACUUUACAUGGGUUUAGGCUAUUGUGCAAUAGUAAUUUUAUAUAUUUAUAUUUGUCAUUAAGGUGUCGAGAUUAACAGCAGAUGUUAUUUUUGAGCACUGGAACUGACUUGUGGUGCCAAAUGCAAGGUGCGGUAUUCUUAGACAAAUUCAAGUCAGAAAUCAAUACCUCUUGGUGAACAGUAAGAUUUUCAUCCCCAGCCUUGCUGUUGGUAAAGUUCAUGGGCAAGGUGUGCGGUCGUAAUGCGUUUGGCAUUGAUGCAUGAAGGUAGACCUAGUGCUUUUCUUUAUGCACAUGUUUUCUUUGUUUUUUUUUUCUUUCUUUUAAUAUGUAUUUUGCACACUUGUAUUUGUACUGUACAGCAUGACCUGUCUUUGGGGUUACUUGUCUCUAUCUUUGUUAUAUAAGUAAAGAAUUAUUUUUUAACGAUGUUUAUUUUUACAUUUAAGUGUCUGAAUUUAAUAAAGUGUAAACUUACAUUCUAUCCCCUCUA